AUGAUUCGCUUUAUUCUGAUCCAGAACCGUGCUGGCAAAACGCGCCUGGCCAAGUGGUACAUGCAGUUUGACGAUGAUGAGAAGCAGAAGCUCAUCGAGGAGGUCCAUGCCGUUGUGACGGUGCAGGACGCAAAGCACACCAACUUUGUCGAGUUCCGCAACUUCAAAAUUAUCUACAGGCGCUACGCAGGGCUUUAUUUCUGCAUUUGUGUGGAUGUGAACGACAACAACCUCGCCUACCUAGAAGCCAUUCACAACUUUGUGGAGGUGCUGAAUGAAUAUUUCCACAACGUCUGUGAGCUUGACCUCGUCUUCAACUUCUACAAGGUUUACACCGUGGUAGACGAGAUGUUCCUAGCCGGCGAGAUCCGAGAGACCAGCCAGAUGAAGGUCCUGAAGCAGCCCCUCAUGUUGCAAUCCUUGGAAUGA